GUAUUUAUUAUACAAGAUGGCGUUUCUCACUCAACGACUAGACUCUUGUCGAUGAUUGUUACCAAAGCAACGAAUAAAUAUUAACAAAACACUGAGAUCCGAUAUGACUGCGAUUGAAAUAUUUUCGAAUUCUAUUUAUUAUAAAUAUAGAGCUAGAAUAUAUUCUUUAAGCUCUUUAAUUGUGUUAUUAUUGGUUAUGAUGUCAAUAAUUACUCCGUUCUUUCUAAUGUUUAAUACAGGAGGAUUUUGGAUAAAAACAAAAACUCAUGCAGAAACACCAGACAUAUCUUUUCAAUAUAAAUAUUUAUUACUAAUGGAGAGAGGCAUAGAAAUGGCCCCGAUAGUUUGUUCUACCUUUACUAGCUACAAAGAGAAUAAUAUUUCUGAUGAUUGUUUAAUCAUAAAGGUACAAGAAAUAGAUACAAACAAUGAUGGGAAGAAAGAUAUAUUAAAGUUUGAAGCUCAGUUUUAUACAGAUUCACCUAUUAAGAACAUAAGGUUUUUUUUAUUUUUUGAUUUUAAAUUAAAGCAAAUUUUUGAAAGCUCUAUUCAAUCAUUAGCAAUAUUUGAUCAUACAUUACAUCAAGAUGAACAAAAGAUUUAUUUUAUUGCCGAUUUGGAAUUAAAACAGAGAGGCAUUCUUCAUAGCGAUCAUUUAUAUGAGGCAUAUAAUCAUAGUAUAGAGUUGUCAGACCGAACAUUGCUGCAAUUGCUAUCUCAAAGUGUUAAUAAAAAGUUUUCAGCUGAAAUUACUAACAGCCAUGUAAUUACUCAAUCGGGAUUUUCAAAGGAAGAUAUGAUUACAAUCCAAGGAGAAUUACAUUACAAAGAUCAUUUAAUAUAUUAUCAACCUAAUUUGUGGGAAGAAUUGAAAUGGGCAUGGAUACACGAAAGAGGCGCUUUGAAUGGAUCGAUAUUAGGGAGUCUAGGCGUUUCUUUUGGCACGAAGCAACAUUACCGACUAUGUCAACCCUUCCAGACAUUCAUCCAUAUCUCAACAAGGCGUCCUACUCUGUUCAAUGAGGGUGGAGAUUGCGCUGUACCGCGUAUGUCACUCGUUUGUUCCAUUCGCAAAUACGUAUACACCGUAGGAGAAUAAAGUGAGCGAGUGAGUGAUUCUGAAACCUUACAAAGAAGAGAUUCACGUUGUUACGAAUUUGACCGGCGGCGAAUCGUAGAAAAAAUGGAUCAUGAAUGACGAAGAUAUGCGACUCGUUACGCAUUAUGUUAA